UGGAAAACGAAGGCCCGUCGUACGGUACCCAGAAUCAGAAGCCUUCUUCGGCAACAAGAAAUCCCCGCUUUUUAGCUCCACAGUCUUCUCUCCGGCCCUGCUCCAGAAUUCGCAUUUCAGAACCGCUUCUUGAUUUCCCUCCUCUCCUCCAUCACGCUUGCUCUUCGGAAGACGCCAUGGGAGAUAGCCAGUAUUCGUUUUCUCUCACGACUUUCAGUCCAUCGGGAAAGCUCGUGCAGAUCGAGCACGCUUUGACAGCGGUUGGAUCUGGUCAGACAUCUCUCGGUAUCAAAGCUGCCAAUGGUGUAGUCAUUGCGACUGAAAAGAAACUACCUUCUAUCUUGGUUGAUGAAACAUCUGUUCAAAAGAUACAGUCUCUUACACCAAAUAUUGGAGUUGUUUACAGCGGCAUGGGUCCAGAUUUUAGAGUUUUGGUCAGAAAAAGUAGGAAACAGGCAGAGCAAUAUCAUAGACUUUACAAGGAACCAAUUCCGGUCACCCAACUUGUGAGGGAAACAGCAGCUGUAAUGCAGGAGUUCACCCAAUCCGGUGGUGUAAGGCCAUUUGGAGUAUCUCUGCUGGUUGCUGGGUUUGAUGACAAUGGUCCUCAAUUAUACCAGGUGGAUCCAUCUGGUUCAUAUUUCUCUUGGAAAGCCUCUGCAAUGGGGAAGAAUGUUUCUAACGCCAAAACAUUCCUUGAAAAAAGGUAUACUGAUGACAUGGAGCUCGAUGAUGCAGUGCACACUGCUAUCUUAACCUUGAAAGAGGGAUUUGAAGGACAGAUCUCUGGCAAAAACAUUGAGAUUGGAAUUAUUGGCACAGAUAAAAAAUUCAGAGUACUAACCCCUGCCGAGAUCGACGAUUACUUGGCUGAAGUAGAAUAAGCAAUAUGUCUGUCUUCGGAGGAGGUUUCAUUUAAAGACUGUUUGAUUUUGAAGUGAAGUAGCAACUUGUGAACUUGAUGGGGCAUGGGAUGGCCCUGCCAUUGCCAAAUUUAUGAAGAAAAAUUGCUGUUCUUGUAUGGAACAUUUAGGUUGCCCAAUACCCGCCACCAUUGUAUGUUAGUUAAAAAAAUUAUGCUUGGAUUUUAGAUGCUGUGGAGAAAUUUUCUUGUUUAAAAUUAUAAGCCAUGUUGGAAUUUCUGCACUGAUUUAUGUUUCUUUUCUGCACUGUUCUUGUUGGAAUUUCUGAAAUCUUUUGUUUAACAGGAAAAAUUCAA